AGGACUGGAAAUCGAGUUGAGAGUACUCGGUAACUGUAUUCCAUACAUACCUCCAUUAUAUAUAUUGAAAAAAUAUGUUUCUGACUCUGAACAACCUCUCCGCAGCCCGGCAACCUUAAAUAUAAAAUCCCCCCUCCCCCCUUCUUCGUUCAGCCGCGAUCCUCUCAGUGUUUGCCUAUCUCUCUUUCUUUCUCACUAUAGCACCCUUCUAUCUCAGCCCUUUUUUAUUUUCUGUUAUUCUGUGAGGAGGAACAUCAUUAAAAAGGCGGGAUCUUUGACGUUGUCGUGUAACCAAAGAUUGUUACUUGUACUUACAUAUUUUUUUCCCUAUAUUUUAUUCUUUUCUGAAAGCAAACCGGUGGUUGAGUUUUUCUUUUUACCUGAGUCUUCAAUGGCGGGUUUCAUUAUAUCUGGUUUAAAGCCUCUUCCUUGUAUCUACGAUAGACCCGUCGCUGGCGUUAUCUCGAGGAGUUCUUCAAAAUCCAGAUUUUUAACCAAAAACAAGAAUUUCCCAGAUCUAAAAAUAUUAAAUCCAAUCAAAUCCAGGAACUGGGGUCUAAACGUGAGUGCCCCAUUUAGAGUUGCAUCCGUUGAAGAAGAUGAGGGAAGGAAAGAGAGGAACCAUGGUAUUAAUGGAUUUGAGGAACAAGAACAAGAGGCAGGGUUCGACCCUGGGGCGCCUCCGCCGUUUAAGUUGGCUGAUAUAAGAGCGGCCAUACCGAAGCAUUGUUGGGUGAAGGAUCCAUGGAAAUCUAUGAGCUACGUGGUGAGGGAUGUCGCUGUGGUGUUAGGCCUGGCGGCUGCUGCGGUCUAUGUUAACAACUGGAUUGUUUGGCCUCUUUACUGGGCUGCUCAAGGAACCAUGUUUUGGGCUCUUUUUGUUCUUGGUCAUGACUGUGGCCACGGUAGCUUUUCAAACGAUCCCAAGUUAAACAGUGUAGUGGGGCAUCUCUUGCAUUCUUCCAUUCUUGUGCCUUACCAUGGAUGGAGAAUUAGCCACAGGACUCACCAUCAAAACCAUGGUCAUGUUGAGAAUGAUGAAUCAUGGCACCCGUUAUCUGAGAAGAUAUACAGGAGUUUAGAUACUCUAACACGAACAUUGCGGUUCAUAUUGCCUUUUCCCAUGCUUGCAUUCCCUUUCUACCUUUGGAACAGAAGUCCGGGAAAGAGCGGUUCGCACUUCGACCCCAGCAGUGAUUUGUUUGUCCCGACCGAACGAAAAGAUGUUAUUACUUCCACUCUAUGUUGGACAGCCAUGGCUGCUUUUCUUGUUGGCUUGGGUUUCACAAUGGGUCCUAUGCAGUUGCUUAAACUAUAUGGCAUUCCAUAUUGGAUUUUCGUGAUGUGGCUGGAUGGGGUUACAUACUUGCAUCACCAUGGUCAUGAAGAGAAGCUUCCUUGGUACCGCGGGAAGGAAUGGAGUUACUUAAGGGGAGGUCUUACAACACUUGACCGUGACUAUGGAUGGAUCAACAACAUCCACCAUGAUAUUGGAACCCAUGUCAUACACCAUUUGUUUCCACAAAUCCCACACUACCAUUUAGUAGAGGCGACCGAGGCAGCGAAGCCAGUUCUCGGAAAAUACUAUCGAGAGCCGGAACAAUCAGGGCCUUUACCUUUCCACCUCAUCGGAAGUUUGAUGAGAAGCUUGAAGAACGAUCAUUAUGUUAGUGACACUGGGGAUGUUGUUUACUACCAAACUGACCCAGAACUCAAAAAGAAUGCUUCAUAAAAUAGCUCAGCCCCACAAUAAUGGGUGGAAUUCAAGCUCUUGGCUUCAGACUUGCUAGCUUAACCAUAAGAGACCUGUGCAAUGAGCUUUCAUUGCCAUGGUAGAAGACAAUUGGAGUUUCAAUUUUUUUUUUUGACCUUUUUCUACGAGGAAAAAGUUAGGUACAUAUAUAUUUACUGUAUUGGCAUUCUACUAGUGAAGGAAAGAUGUAUAGUUUUAUUCUUUGAACGAGAAAUAGCAAUUGCUUAAACCAACAAAAUGAAAAUGAAAAUUUAUCGCUUUCUUCUAAAAAUUGAAGGAAGGAGUUAUAA